AUGGCUGAGACAAUGGCUUCUGCCAUGGAACGCUACUCCAUUUUUUUUGCAAGUGGCACCAGUUUCGGCUCAACCAGAGGAUGGGAGCAAAUGGGAACUACUCGUAAUGAUGAAUUAAAGGACACUCAAUCUAUUGAACUUGCUUGUAAGAUUUUAAAUGAUGAAAUUGAAUCAGGAACAUGGCUCAAUCAAAUUGGCACCUUAAAGCAAGCUAGAGAUACUCGUUGGGGUUCUCAUUUGGAUUCUAUUUCUAGCUUGCUCAAAAUGUUUAAUGCAACUUGUUUGCAAGAAUUAAACUUUGCAUUCAAUGAACAUUCAGUAGAGUUGCUUGUUCUUAGCACUGCUUUUGAUCCUAGAGAUGGAUUUAAAUUGUUCAAGCUUGAUGAUACUUGCAACUUUGCAGAGAAGUACUAUCCUGAUGAUUUCUCAGAACAAGAAGUAGUAAGUCUAAGAAUUGAACUUCAACAUUUUGUGCUUGACAUUCCAAAUCAUCCUGAAUUAUAG